AUGGAAAAAGGGAAAGUGGAAAAAGGGAAAGGCUUUCGGACGCUAAUGGACGGUUAUGGAACAUUCCUUAGCAUCGACGGGAACACGUACCGUGGGUCGUGGGUUUCCGACAGGAAACACGAGUUCGGAAAGAAAUGUUACGGUAGUGGUGACGUGUAUGAAGGGUCAUGGUGUUGCAACUUGCAGGAGGGUGAGGGGAGGUAUAUGUGGAAGAACGGGGACGAGUAUGUUGGGGAGUGGAAGGGUGGUGCGAUAUCGGGGAAAGGGGUGCUGACGUGGCAGAACAGCAACCGUUAUGAAGGAGAGUUCGUUAACGGUCGGAUGGACGGUUACGGAACAUUCAUUAGCGUCGACGGGAACACGUACCGUGGGUCGUGGGUUUUCGACUGGAAACACGGGUUCGGCAAGAAAUGUUACGGCAAUGGUGACGUGUAUGAAGGAUCAUGGAGUUGCAACUUGCAGGAGGGUGAGGGGAGGUAUAUGUGGAAGGACGGGAACGAAUAUGUUGGGGAGUGGAAGGGUGGUGCAAUAUCGGGGAAGGGGGUGCUGACGUGGCAGAACGGGAACCGUUACGAAGGGUAUUGGGAGAACGGGGUUCCGAAUGGGGAAGGUGUUUUCACUUGGCGUGAUGGGAGCACCACUGUUGGGAAUUGGGGGAAAGAGUUCGUGAAUGAGAAGUUGAGUAUGAAUAGGAGUGAGUCUGUUGAUGGGUCUAAGAGUGUGAGUUUUCACAGGAUUUGCAUUUGGGAGCUUGAUGGUGAAGCUGGGGAUAUCACUUGUGACAUUGUUGAUAAUGUGAAGGCUUCUAAGUUUUACAGGGAUGGUUGUAAAUCGGAGAAUGGUGAUGAUGUUGGUUUUGGACUGUUGCAGAGGAGUCCCGCUUUUGAUGUUGAUGGGGAUGUUAAGAAUCCGUUGCAACUCCAUGACCCUUCAUACACGUCACCAUUACCGUAA